CGUCGUUUCACCUAGCAUAUUAAGCGCCGAUUUCGCAAACUUGGAACGUGAUUGUAAAAUGAUUAUUGAAAAGGGCGCUGACUGGCUCCAUAUUGAUAUUAUGGACGGUCAUUUUGUCCCGAACCUUACUAUCGGUGCACCUGUAGUGAAGUGCAUUCGAAAGCAUUUAAAUGUCUUUAUGGAUUGCCAUUUGAUGGUGGAUAAUCCUGAAAGCUAUAUCAUCCCUCUUAAGGAUGCUGGAGCCAAUUUGUUCACCUUCCAUGUAGAGGCGACCAAAAACCCGAAGGAUGUGAUUCAACGCGUGCACGAAGCCGGAAUGUACUGCGGAAUCACUUUGAAGCCAGGAACUCCUGUUAGCGCGAUCGAGGAGUUCAUUCCUUUAGUCGAUUUAGUGCUGGUCAUGACGGUGGAGCCCGGGUUUGGAGGCCAGAAGUUCAUGGAAGAGUGUUUAGUGAAGGUGGAGGCAGUGCGUGCACUGUCGAAGACUGUUUACAUCGAAGUGGAUGGAGGUGUGUCUGCGAAGAACGCAGAGCUUUGCGCAAGGAAGGGAGCGAAUGUCCUCGUGUCUGGGUCUGCAAUUUUCGGCUCAGCAGAUAUCGCGGCGACGAUUCGAGAGAUGAAGGAAGCCCUGAAGAAAUAUCUGUAACCAUUUGAGUUA